UCUGUCCUUCUCUUUAUACUUUGAGUACAGAGUACAGUGUAAUAUCAAAUCAAACUCUUCACGAGUCUCUCGCGAGCCACCUUGUCGAACACUUCGCUAUCAGGAAAAACUGCCAAAAUGUAUGGAAUGCUUUUGGAAAGUGUUCAACAUUUUGUCCAAUUGGAAUAUGGCGAGUCUGUUUGGCUGGAAAUAUUGCAACAAGUCGGGGCGAAAAACACCGUUUUUAAUACCCGGCAAAUAUAUUCGGACACUUUGAUGCUUGAACUGGCCUCUGUGUUGGCGGACAAAAUUGGAGUUUCUGCCAAUAAGACUGUUGAAUUUUUUGGAAGGUGUUUUGUUAGAUUUUUCAGUAAUUUGGGAUACGGAUGUAUGAUAAAAGCAACAGGCCGUUACUUCUGUGAUUUCCUGCAAAGUGUUGACAACAUUCACAUCCAAAUGCGAUUCACAUAUCCGAAAAUGAAGAGCCCUUCCAUGUACAUCACACAUAUCGAUCCCCACGGAGUCGUUUUGGUCUACCGGAGCAAUCGGCAGGGCUUGACCCAUUACUUGAUCGGAAUUUUGUUCCAAAUAGCGAAAGACCUCUACGAAACAACCCUGGACAUCCGGGUCCUGGAAAACCUGAACAAUAUCCCCGGGUCGAGGAAUGUUAUGGUGAAAUUCCGUAUCGAUUUCGACAACCGCGAAUACACGGCGAAGACGAAUCGCAUGAGGGCCCCAAUCGGCAGAGAGCUUUCUCCAGUUUCUUGCGGAUUACUUCUCAGAUUAUUCCCUUUCGGAGUGGUGGUUAAUCGCGAGAUGAGAAUCGAGGGGGCAGGUGAGAAGUUGCUACAAGUUUGGGGAGGAAACAAUUCUAUUUUGAACAGGCAUAUUUCUGAGAUCUUCAAACUAAGGAGGCCCAAAGGAAUUUCAUUUACUUGGCGCAAUGUUAUUUAUUUGUACUCAGUUAUGUUCGAACUGGAAUUAAUUCGCUCUAAUGAAACAAUAACUAAUUCAGACCGUGACCCCGGAAGCUCCAAAUCCGGAUUGGAUCGCAAGGGAAGUCACGGUGCACGCAGUAUUCUUUUGAAGGGACAAAUGCGAUACAUCGAAGAUAUCAAGUCUAUUAUUUUCCUGUGUAGUCCUUUAAUUAAUAGCCUGGAUGAGUUACCGAGCAUGGGGCUGUAUCUAAACGACCUAAACCCUCAUGGAAUGAGUCGGGAGAUGGUUUUGGCCGGUUGGCAACAUUGUGACAGAUUGGAAAUGAUGUUCGAGAGAGCUGAGCAAAGGUCAGAGGAACUGGAAACUAGUUACGCGUUGCUAGAUCGCUGGAAAAAUAAGAGCGACGAGCUACUUUAUUCUAUGAUACCGCAGACGGUCGCAGAUCGGCUUAGAAGUGGCUCUAACCCUCUGAGCACAUGUGAGUCUUUUGAAUCGAUAUCAGUAUUGUUUUGCGAGCUUUGUGACUUCGACUACUCGACAAUCGAGGGUGUGAUGGACAUAGUGUCCUCGAUGAACGCCGUUUUUUCCUGUUUCGACUCUCUGAUGGACAAGUUCAACGUUUACAAGGUGGAGACAGUAGGACGUAUUUACAUGGCAGCAAGUGGAGCUCCAGACAGGACGAAACAUCAUGCGAGGAAUAUCGCAGACGUAUCAUUGCAACUAAUCAAACGCGUACGUUCUCUCCAAUUACCUUCAGGGAUUGACAUACAAAUACGGAUAGGAAUUCAUUCAGGACCCGCAGUUGCAGGAGUCGUAGGGAUUAAAGUCCCGAGAUACUGUUUUUUCGGCGAUACAGUGAACACUGCAUCAAGAAUGCAGUCUACAGGGUUGCCGGGAAAAGUGCACAUUUCACCGGAAACUAAAGCAUUACUGCCCUCAGAUCGCUACCGGGUUGAGUCCCGAGGGGUGUUGUGGGUCAAGGGGAAAGGAAACAUGGAGACUUAUUGGCUGUACGGGACUGACGAAUCGCCCCCUAAGGAAAAUUCAUCCCAAACUAUCAUAACAAAUGUUUGAAUUGCUAAUAGAGAAAUUGCAUGUUGUUUAAUUUUAUCAAAAUUAUUUAUGGAAUUAAAUGUCAAAUUAUCAAUUAAAAAUUAAUGCAAGUUCUCUAUUUUUUGUGCCUUAAGUAGAUUU